AUGCACGUCUCUCCUGAAUUCAUAGCCACGGGUGGCAACCGAAACCCCGCGGCCGCCGAUUGGGAUGAUGCCGGCUUGCAAUUCUUGGCCUUUGGCGCCGACAAUAAUAUUGCCUUGUGGGAUCCUCAAGAUGGGGCACUUCGCGGAGUACAUGCAAUUCUGAGUGGGCAUACUAAGCCUGUAAAUUCCGUCAAGUUUUUCCCCACACAAUCACCACAUGUCUCAGUCUUGCUUAGUGGAUCAGCCGACAACACCAUCCGCAUAUGGCGAGGCAGGAGAGAUGAACGCUUCGAAUGUCUGAAAACCAUAUCGGAACAUCAGCAACCUGUCACCCGGAUAGCCACGCUUCCUGGAUCAGAUACUUUUGCCACUGGAUCUUCCGAUGGUACCGUCAAAAUUUGGAGGCUCACUCACUCUUCAGACUUUGCUUCAGUCAAUGUCGACAUUGUCCAGACCAUAACUCUUUCUCCUAAAUACUUCCCCCUCAACUUAGCGCUUGCAAAACUAGAUGAAAGCUCAACUGUGUUGGCCGUCGCUGGUACUCGUACUACCAUCCAGAUAUUCGUGUCUCAAGACAGUCGAUUUCAGCUUUCGGCUACACUGACCGGACACGAAGGAUGGAUCCGCGCACUUGCUUUUACCAAAGAAACAGCAGAUGCGAACAGUGAUCUUCUUCUGGCCUCUGCCAGCCAAGAUAAGUACAUUCGUCUCUGGCGACUUCACAGGGGAGACGAACUUCCUGCUGCGAGCACUGCACUAAAUGAUCCUGCGCUGGGUAGCAUGGGAAAAUCGCUAUCGAACAAAGCUCAUUGGAUUAGCUCCGCUGCUUCCAAGCAUUCCAUUACAUUUGAAGCCCUACUUUUAGGUCAUGAAGAUUGGAUCUACCAAGCGUCGUGGCGGCAUCGGGAUGGAAGGUUACAACUGCUGUCCACCUCCGAAGACAAUUCUCUGUCGAUCUGGGAGUCUGAUCCUACUUCUGGCGUAUGGGUCUGUAUCACUCGGCUAGGUGAAAUUAGUGCCCAAAAAGGUUCGACAAGCGCUACUGGCAGUGCAGGAGGUUUCUGGAUUGGGCUCUGGUCACCGGACGGCAACACAGUAGUAUCUCUCGGCCGUACGGGCAGUUGGCGAAAGUGGACAUUCUCAUCUACAGAAGAUAUGUGGACGCAGCAGGUGGCCGUUACAGGGCAUGUGCGCGAAGUCAAGGGUGUGUCAUGGUCGAGAGAUGGCUCGUAUCUACUCACAACCGGCACUGAUCAGACAACACGAUUAUACUCACAAUGGAAGCGCGACGGCAUUUUGUCUUCAUGGCAUGAAUUCUCACGACCGCAGAUUCACGGAUACAACCUCAAUUGCAUCGAUACAGUUUCGGAUACUCAGUUCAUCUCUGGUGCAGACGAGAAGCUCCUCCGUGUCUUUGACGAGCCGAAAGGAGUCGCAGAGAUGCUUCACAAGCUCUGCGACACACGACCGUCGGACUCAGCAUCACUCCCCGACGCCGCCAACAUCCCCGUCCUCGGCCUCUCAAAUAAAGCCAUCCAAGCCGUCGGUGAUGAAGACCCCCUUGCAAACGGCGACGACGACGACGACCGCGAAGCCAUCGACCCCGCCUCCGUCAUCCGCAGAUCCACCCUCGACUUCAAACACCCCCCCUUCGAAGACCACCUCGCCCGUCACCUCCUCUGGCCCGAAACAGAGAAACUCUACGGCCACGGCUACGAGAUCUCUGCUCUAGCAAUCAGCCACGACGCUAGCCUCGUCGCCACUGCCUGUCGCGCCAGUUCCAUCGACCACGCCGUGAUCCGCCUCUACGACACAAAAGAAUGGCUCGAAGUCAAACCCCCGCUAAAAGCCCACUCCCUCACCGUUACUUCCCUAGCUUUCUCCCCAGACGACAAGUACCUCCUCAGCGUGGGCCGCGACCGCCAAUGGGUCAUUUGGGAGCGUAGCGCAGAUGCACCAUCACUUUUCAGCCUUAAACACGCGAAUCCAAAGGGCCACUCUCGUAUGAUUCUCGAUGCAGCGUGGACGUCGAUAGCGGAUCGCCCGACGUUCAUGACAGCCGGAAGAGAUAAGAGUGUCAAGAUAUGGCAGAUGUCCGAGUCAGACGUCACGCUCAAAGCGACGGUUGCAGCGAACGCUCCCGUCACGGCUGUGGCGUGUAAUACCAACGGCAAAGAUGCGGGCCAGAAAGUGGUGUUUGCGUUUGGAACCGAAAAUGGGGAAUUGGGGAUUGCAAGUGUGGGUGUUGAGUCGCUGGAUCAGGUUGUGGUGUAUAUGGUGGAGAAAGAGGUACUGCCUGCUAAGACCAUUAAUCAGAUUGUUUGGCGCCCGGGGAGAGGGGGUGAGGGAGAAGAGCAGAUUGCGGUUGCGAGUGAUGAUACUUCGGUGAGGAUUUUCAAUGUGAGGGAUGGGGCUUCGUAG